CUGCCCUACUGUUGUGAGAAAAUUGAAAAGAAGAUUGUAUGAACCCUGAACAACAAAAGAAUGGAUCUAAACAACGAUAUUGAGCAGGAGGUAAAAUUUGAUUUGCCACCUAUUUGGCCUGACAUUAGAACUGAAUUGAAGGAGUAUAUAGAAUGUCUGGAUAAUCUUCCAAUAUAUCACUUGGAUAAUGCUCAGUGUUAUUGGUCGAGGAAGACUGAUAUUUUGUCUCUCUUAGACUGUGACUUAGCACCGCUUGGUACUACAUUAAAAUUUGAUCGUGAUCCUGUUACUGGACAGCUUGGAAAAAUGCACGAGGUGCUGGUAAGGUCAGCAGGCGAGAAUUCACGAAAUUCAAUGUCCAUGACUCGUGCACCAGGCCCACCUACUGAUAUCAGAGGAGACAGCAGCAAUAUUCCAUUCUGGCCCGGUGGUUUUGACGAACCUGAAAUGAUAGUGGACCCUUCGAUGGAAGAGAUCGAUUUUGAGAAUAAUUUAAGAACUUUGGCGAAGGGCUUCAGUGCUGGCGUAGAGUUUAAAAGCGAUAAUUACACUCCAAAAGGAGAGACCGUGCAAGAGCAUCAAGCAUCUGACUCAGAAAAGGACGAAAUUUCAACUAUAGCUGAGAAGAUCAAUUUGAUGUCUAUCGUGAACGAAGAACGAAGUGAAUUCGACUUUUGGGAACCGGAAGCUAGAGAAACAAAGGGAGAGGCGACUACUGAAUCGUCUAUUGUUGAACAGUCAUCGUUCGACGAGAUUUCCUCGUUGCUAGAGGAUGUGGACAUUCCUAUACUAAACAUUUCUCAGAAACGUGUAGAGACUGCCAAGUCUGAAUGGGCGGAGCAAUUAGAUGUAUCCGUACCUAUAACCGAUUUUGAAAAACGGAUUCCCACGCUUGCUAUGAGUUUUCCAUACGAAUUGGAUACUUUCCAGAAACAGGCGAUCCUCAAGUUAGAGGAAGGCAGUAACGUUUUCGUUGCCGCUCAUACGUCCGCUGGAAAGACAACGGUAGCCGAAUACGCGAUCGCGUUAAGUCAGAAACACAUGACGAGAGUCAUUUAUACGUCUCCCAUAAAAGCACUUUCAAAUCAAAAGUACCGCGAAUUUAAAAGAAAAUUCGAAAGUGUUGGACUAUUAACCGGAGAUCUGCAAAUUAACUCAAACGCUUCGUGUCUCAUCAUGACCACAGAAAUUUUACAGUCCAUGUUAUAUUGCGCGUCAGAAGUUCUAAGGGAUUUAGAAUUCGUAAUAUUUGAUGAAGUGCAUUAUAUAAAUAACGACGAGCGCGGUCACGUUUGGGAGGAAAGUGUAAUCUUACUACCGCAAACAGUUACAAUAGUAAUGCUGUCCGCGACUGUGCCAAAUCCUUUGAUAUUUGCCGAUUGGGUAGGUCGUACGAAGAAAAAAAAGAUGUAUGUGAUAAGUACGGUAAAACGACCUGUACCGCUCCAGCAUUACUUAUACACUGGAACCAACGGGAAGACCAAGGACGAAAAAUUCUUGGUGUUAGACGAAAACAAUGAAUUCUUAUUAAACGGUUGGUACAAAGCAACGAACGCGAAGGAUCCGAAAAAGGACCCAGUCAGCAAGAACGUUAAGGACGUUAAAAAGAAACCGAUGCAAACACAAAUGACUCCGAAGCAGGAACAAGUACUAUGGAACGCGUUCAUAAGUCAUCUGAAAUCCAACUCUAUGUUGCCCGUCGUCGUUUUCAUGUUAUCACGAAAACGAUGCGACAUGAGCGCGGUACUGUUGAGGAACAUCGAUCUCACGACAGAGACUGAGAAGCAUACUAUCAGGGUGUUCUUUCAAAAUAAUAUUCGGCAUUUAAAAGGCACCGAUAGACAGUUACCGCAGGUUCUUAUGAUGCAGGAGUUACUACAGAGUGGAAUCGGUAUCCACCACAGUGGUAUACUGCCUAUCUUGAAAGAGAUAGUCGAAAUGCUUUUUCAAAACGGCGUCGUUAAGUUACUGUUCGCGACCGAAACGUUCGCAAUGGGUGUAAACAUGCCGGCGCAUACCGUUGUCUUUGAUUCAAUUAAAAAAUUCGACGGUACGAAUUUCCGGAUACUUCAUCCCACCGAAUACAUACAAAUGGCUGGUCGUGCUGGCCGCAGGGGUCACGACACAGCAGGGAUGGUUGUGGUAAUGUGUCGAACGGCCGUUCCGCAUUUUAACGAGCUGAAAAAUAUGAUGUGCGGGCAAGCGCAGAAUUUGGAAUCGAAAUUCAAAGUAACUUAUUCGAUGGUUUUAAAUUUAAGAAGGCUAAACGAAUCGGUAACGGUUGAAGCGAUGAUGCGGAGAUCAUUUAAAGAAUCGCCGGUGGCUAUAAAACAGAAUAGCUAUAAGACAGAAUUGCAAAAGGUGGAGAACGAAUUGUUAAAACUACCGCCUUUGACUGACGUACAAAAACAGUUAGCCGAGUUUUAUCGGGUAGCCGUUGACUAUUUAGAAUACUUGAAAUAUUUGAAGCCGUACUUUUACGAGACGCAGAAGAAGGCAGUGAAGUGCCUAGUGCCAGGCAGAGUUCUGCUGAUAUCGUACGAAAAUCAUUACAAUAAAUUAGCCCUGUUAUUAAGCACCGUCCAAUUGAAAGGCAGUCAGCAAUAUAGAGUGUUAAUUCUCAAAGAUACAGAGCCACCAAAAUCUACCAAAGAAGGAGAAGCACCAUCGGAAGAAAAAGAUCAGAUUAAGAAACCGGAAAAAUGGUACGAUAUCAUAGCUUUGACAAAGACAGGAAUAUUCGUACCAACCGGAGUACCAACAGGCGAAGUAUUAACUAUAGCAGCUUGGAAUAUAUUAGAAAUAACAAAUUGGCAGAUUAAGAUAGAUUACCAGUUGGUUUUGGGCAAUUGGGAAAAGAGACAAAUAGCAAGAUUUAAAGAUGAGCCACCUAGUUCAACUUACGAGUCAGCUAUGUUAGAAUUACUGAUGGUAUCUCUUAAUGCUUCUCGCGACGAGUCCAUCCUGCAACCGUAUACGGAGAUGAAAAUGAAUUACGACGUCGACAUGAAAGUGAAAACUUUGCUCGACUUGAAAAAAGCUGUGUACGCUAUGACAUGUUCGAAGAUGUUAAACUUCGAAGAACAAUUCGAGGUCGUCUUUGAACGAAGCGAAUUGGAAAGUAAGAAGAAUAAACUUCAAUUGAAACUUAGCGAUGAGGGACUGAGCUUAUAUCCUGAAUACACGAAUGCCGUCGCACUUCUCAGAGAUUUAGGAUACAUAGACAAUGAUGAAAGAGUUGCAUUGAAAGGCCGAGUCGCUCUACAAAUGGGAAGUAACGAACUUCUAAUUACAGAGCUUAUUCUUAAGAAUGUAUUGACUGUUUUGCAACCAGCUGAAAUAGCAGCGUUACUCUCGGCCGUAAUAUUUCGACAACGGACCAACGUCGAGCCAAACUUAACAGCGGAAUUGAAAAGGAGUUGUGAAGAAAUAAAGCAGAUCCAUGGCGAGUUAGAAGCUUUAGAACAACAUUAUCAGUUGGCAACGUUACAGUCGCUUAACUUCGGUCUAGUGGAAGUAGUUUACGAUUGGGCGCAGGCGAAAUCGUUUGCUGAAAUUAUGGAGAAAACGGAUGUGCAAGAAGGAAUCAUAGUACGGUGUAUACAGCAGUUGAGCGAAACUUUACGGGAUGUUAAAAAUGCAGCUGUCACCAUAGGAGACCCCGUUUUAAAAGAAAAAAUGGAAGAAGCUUCUACUGCCAUUAAAAGGGAUAUUGUUUUCGCAGCGUCUCUCUAUACACAAAGUUAAUUUAACAAAACCUAUGUACAUAUAAUUUUUUCUAUACAUGGAAACGUUCGGAAUAUUUUUGAUUUCGAUGAAAUGAGAAAUAUAUAUAUAUUUUUAUAACUUAUACAUCAUUAAUGAAGCGUAUUAUGUUUAAAAACUGUACAAGUUACUCCUUCGUCACAAGCGUAAAAAAUGCAGGAAUUUAGUUUGAUUUGGCAAAUCAUAUUUCUUCAUGUAAAGAUGUAUAAUAAAAGUACAAAACAAACGGAAUAAAGUUGUUAUUAAUAUUGAA